AUGGCAAACAAGACGUCUGCAGUGUCCGACGAGCCCAUUGAGGUGCUCUUCGUCCUCCAGGACAAGUUCAAUCUCACUGACUUCGCUGGCCCCCUUGAGACCCUUGACCACGCUCGCCGAGACCAGAAUGACGACUCUUCCAAAGCCUUCGAGUGCACAGUCGCUGGUGCCGGGCCCAAGGUCAUCUCCGAGCAAGGAGUCUUCGUCGGAUCCCAGAUCGCCUACAAGGAAGCUCACGAGCGCCUCGAGGACUUCGAUGUCCUCGUGGUUGUUGGCGGCAACUCUGCCGACGUUCUGAAGCAGAAACUUGAGCCCCUGCCCCUCAUCAAGGCCUUUGCCGAGAUCCAACAGAAGAAUCCGGCCCGAGAGCGGACACUCAUGUCCAUCUGCACUGGAUCACUUUUCCUGGCCGAGCAGGGCAUACUCUCGGGAUUGUCGGCCACCACCCACCCGGACUACAUGACCAAAUUCGAGAUCAUCUGCAGCAAUGCGGCUCAGAGAGAUCUGCAGGAGAGAACCGAUGUCGUGGAGGACGCUCGAUACGUCGUCAACAACCUUCGCUUCGACAUUGGCGACGAGGACGAGAACCCCUACAUCCGACGCAAGUCUGAUGCCGGACGACGCCCCUCCAAUGCACGGAAGGGAAGUAUGUCCUUCAAAGGAUCGAACACCCGCCGUGAAUCGAUUGCUCGCCGCGCCGCGAUGCGCCUCGGUGGUCUCCGGGUAAUCACAAGUGGGGGAGUAUGUGCUGGCUUUGAUGCAGCUCUGUAUCUGGUCAGCAUCCUGGUUGAUGAGGAAUCUGCCAACGAGGUGGCUCGAAUCCUGCAGCAUGAGUGGGUGAAGGGAACCGUUGUUGAUGGCCUUGAUGUCUAA